AAAUCAGUAAAAUUUGAAUUAUAAUUUUAUUAUUUUUAAUUUAUAAUGUUGUUCAAUAAUUUAAUAAUAUUUUAUUUAUUAUUAAUUUCAUAUCCAAAAAGAUAUUCUUCAGAUGAAGCUAAAGACAUCACAACUGAUGAAUUUGAAAAUACCUGUGUGAAUCAAAUCAACAUUUAUCGAGAACUACAUAAUGCUAAACCUUUAACUUUAAACAGAGAACUGGAAGAAUAUGCUAAAAAUAGAUGCCUCAAACUCUCGGAUAUUAAAUAUUACAAUGAAAGUUUUGUUGCUUUGGAUAACGAUAUAGGAGAACUAAGAUUUGUGAAUAAAUGGGCUGAAACCAAGGACUACACAUGUCGUAGAGUUGUUAACGAAUGGUACAAACUUAAUCGCUUUUUUAACUAUACGUCUUCAACACCGCUUGCUCCGUUUAAAACAAAGAAUAAAUACACAUUUAAUGGUUUGCAAUCAUUUGCACAAUUGGUAUGGAAAAAAACAACUAGUAUUGGCUGUGCUAAAUGCACUAUACAUAUAUCUGUAACUCGCUAUGAUGCCACAACUUAUGUAUGCGAAUUUAAACCCAGAGGUAAUAUUGCCGGAGAGUAUGGUUAUGUUGGAAGACCCCAUUAAUUUAACUGAUUAUUUUUUAUAUUAUUUUCAACUGUUUUUUUUUUAUUAAUUAUUAAUAAAAUAAUUUA